AUGGCGGUCGCUCAUGGAAACGUCGCUGGCCUUCUAAGGAAACAUGGCUAUGCCGAAAUCAAGAAGGUAGGCGAGGGAUCGUUCGGAAAGGCGCUGCUCGUGCGCUCGGAGGAUGGGCAAAAGCUGAUCUGCAAGAUGGUAGAUGUGAGCAAGGCGUCGCGCAAAGAAAUGGAGGAUGCCGUCAAAGAGGGCAAGCUGCUGUCAGAAUUGAAGCAUCCUUACAUCGUCCGCUACCGGGAAAGUUUCACAGAGAGUGGCUGGCUGUGCAUCCUCAUGGACUAUUGUGAAGGAGGUGAUCUCACAGCGCGUAUCGCGGAGGCCAAGCGAGGCAGAAAGCCUUUGUCCGAGGAUCAGAUAUUGCGUUGGUUUGUGCAGGCAAUAAUGGCUUUAGACUACAUCCACAAGAAGCACGUUCUACAUCGAGACCUGAAGCCCUCAAAUUUCUUUCUGUCGAAGAGCGGGAACUUGAAGAUGGGCGACUUUGGAAUUGCGAAAGUUCUUGCCUGCACCAUAGCCGUUGCAAAGACGCAGAUCGGAACGCCGUAUUACUUGAGCCCAGAGCUAUGUCAGGAGAAGGAAUACAAUUUCCCGUCAGACAUUUGGGCCAUGGGAUGCAUUUUGUAUGAGCUUUGUGCACGCAAAGUGCCUUUCGAUGCGCCCAACAUUCCGGGCCUUGUUCGAGAGAUAGUAAGGGGAACAAUCCCCAGCGUGCCAGCUUCCUACUCGCCCUUUGUGAGGGAGCUUGUGAGCCAGAUGCUGAACAGGAACCCAGAGCGGCGACCAAGUCCAGAGGAGAUCUUGGCAAAGCCACGGCUGCGAGAAAUCAUGCAGCUUAUGCUCAAUGAAGCUCAAGAGGCGGCCCAGGCAGCGGACGAGCCUGGUGCUGUGGAGCCACAUCCAGAGCCAACUUCCUCGAGUGCGCUCGGUUCCCAAGCUGGCAGUCCUGCAUACAGAACCAACGACAUGGUGGAGUACUACUCUGUGUCGCAUGGAGACUGGUUGCCCGCGACCGUCCUGCGGACCGAUGGUGAGGGUCGCAUCAUCAUCGACUUGAAGCCCAACACGUGGCUUUCCAAGGAGGACCAAGUUGCCAAAGUUCGACGGCGACGCGAUUGCCCCGGAUCAAGGGGAGGGUCUCCUAUGAGGACACCCUCCGUAGCUGGGCCUGAAAAGAAUGGCUUCCGGGGUGCAUUUCAAUCUCCGCAGUUGGGGCGAAGCCCUUCUUCAGGAGCCGUCGGCUCAAGGCCAGGCAGUCGGCCCGGUUCCAGGGGCGCCUCGCCUCUGCAUCGCAGGAGCCCUGCCUUGGCCGCCGGUGGCAUCGCUGGAAUCGGAAGCCGCCCGGGAUCUGGACUUGGCAGUCGCCCUGGGUCGCGAGCGGCUUCGCCAUCCCACAGAGCGCCUAGCCCGCGUCACGGAGACGCCUUGUACAGGAAGGGUGACCUUGUCGACUACUGGUCAAUUUCACAUGGGGAAUGGCUGCCAGCAACCGUGGUGAACACCGAUUUCGAAGGUCGCAUUGUGAUUGACCUCAAGCCGAAUACCUGGCUGACAAAAGAGGACCAAGCCACGAAAGUGCGUCGAAGGACAGCGGGAGCUCCAGGUGUGCCUGCUGAGGGCGGCUCGCAGAUUCGGCGCUCUCCGUCCGCUGACCACUUUGCUGCGCCGCUUCGGGCAGCAUCUCCGAGGUGCAUGCCCUCUCCGGGACGUGCAAUGUCACCUCAUCGUGUGCCCUCACCAUCGUGGCGCGGCUUUGGUGAGCCAGCCAUUCGGGCACCAAGUCCCAGAAGGCGCGAGCCAACACCACGACGAUCAGUGCCUGGAAUGCCGCCUGCAGGAGGCGCUCACCUUGGCGACAGCCCACUCCUCCGUGCAGGAGGGAAGAAUAUCGCAGGUGGAUAUUUGCCGCCGUGA